UCUCUCUCUCUCUCUCUCUAGUCUACAAUGUGGAUGGUGGGUUGUGAUGCUGAAGAGUUUAAGAUUUCUCAUUCACCAAACACUCGAAAACUUCGGCCUCUCAUGCCCAGGCCUACUCCUAACAAUACCAAAAGGACUACAUAUUCUACAAAACCAACUCCUUACUGUGAUCGAAUUCACAGUGCUGAUAUUUUUGCAUGGAAUCACCAUAAUGUUGCAGCAACUGAGCAGAGCCAGAAAGCGAUAACCACAGAACCCUUAGUGAGUUCAAGGUGGAACCCAACUCCAGAUCAGUUACAAGCCCUAGAAGAGAUGUAUAGAAGUGGAAUAAGAACACCCACGGCUGAUCAAAUCCAACAAAUUGCUAUAAAGCUUCGUCAGUUUGGUAAUAUUCAAGGGAAGAAUGUGUUCUACUGGUUUCAGAACCACAAAGCAAGAGAAAGGCAAAAACGACGUCGUACACUAGAGAUAUUUUCAGAACAACAACCACAUAAGAUUGAAAACCUACCGAGAAAAGAAUCAGGUUUUGAAGUUGGACAGAAGAACUGGGCAACCCCUUCAAAUUGCAGUACAAUUUCAGAGGAGUCUGAAUCAAUACACAGAGCAGUGGUAGCUAAAAGCAGACCAGAUGGGUGGCUUAAAAUUGAGGAGAGAGAAUUGCAGCAGAGAAGCAGCAGCAGCAGUGCUACUACUGCUGCUAUUACUGCAUCAAAGAAUGCAAUGUGGCAGAUGACAAACUCAAGCUCUAUGUCUAUGUCUGUGUCCCCCACCACCAAACUCAUCAUGAAGGGCAUAACCACAACUGAACAAGAAGAUCUGGGAACAACAGACCCAAAGCUGAGAAGCACUCAAAAUCUAUGCCUAUUAGAAGAUCUCACAAUGGUUGAAGAUGGUGAAACUAGAGGGUUUCAAACACUUCAGCUCUUUCCAAUGAAAAGUAGUGAUGAUUGUGGUGUCCUUAAGGGUGACAAAAAUGAUAGUGUUGAAGAACCCAUUACGGCUACCAUAGCCAUAGGAACACACUUCAAGCCAAACAAGUUUUUUGAGUUCCUGUGA